AUAUCUCAUCAUAAUCUCGCAAAAUAAUGUUCGAGAGGACGCUUCAGGAUCUCAUCCGAGGUCUACGCGCCCACAAGGGUGCCUCGAAAACCCAGGAAGAUGCCUUCAUCGCGGAGGCUAUGACGGAGAUACGCGACGAGCUCAAGGGCAAGGACAUGGCGCUCAAGGCGGAAGCUGUCAUUAAGAUGUGCUACUUGAUGAUGCUUUACCCCAUUCCGCCGCCGGCAGGGUUCGCCUUUCAUGUCGUGGAGGUUAUGAGCUCCCCGAGAUAUCAUCUCAAACAGCUGGGAUAUCUUGCUGCACCUAUGGCCUUCUCUGGAGAUACUGAAGAAAUUGUCCUUACCGUCAACGGCAUCAAAAAGGAUCUUCUGUCACCUCAUGUUCCUCUACCUCCCCUUCCACUCACAGCCCUUCCACAACUUCUAUCUCUCUCCUCUUCAUUAUCAACAUCAUUGCAUCCCGACCUCCUCCAUCUUCUCACCCACUCGUCGCCACGUAUCCGCAAACGAGCAGUUCUGUGUCUGUUACCUUGCUGGGAAGCAUUCCCCGAAGGUUUGCGCGAGGGCUUCCCAAGGUUAAGAGAAAGGCUGCAGGAUGAGGAUCAGGGUGUAGUGGGCGCCACUGUGGGCGUUGUAAUGGAGUUGGCUAGGAGACAGGGCGGGAAGAACUACUUGCCCUUAGCACCCGAGUUGUUCGGGAUCUUGACGGGAAGUAGCAAUAACUGGAUGCUUAUCAAGGUUGUCAAGCUGUUCGCCAUAUUAACACCCCUCGAGCCUCGUUUGGUCCGAAAGCUUCUUCCUCCUAUCACCACACUCAUCUCCAACACCUCGGCUAUAUCCUUAUUGUACGAAUGUGUGCGGACAUGUAUCGUGGGCGGCAUGCUGAACGCAGAUAGACCAGAAGCCGACGCCCUUGCAAGAGUAUGUGUGGAGAAGCUGGGAGGCUACCUGAGGGACGAGGGAGGUGACCAAAAUCUGAGAUACAUUGCCUUGUUAGCAAUGGUUAAAAUUAUUCCAACCCAUCCACAGUUGGUCGCAGAGUAUCAAGACGAGGUUCUACAGAGUUUGGAUGACCCCGACGUGUCUAUCCGAAUGCGAGCUCUAGAGCUCGCUACGAACAUGGUCGAUCCCAAUAACCUCCAAACAAUAGCAGACACACUUCUGUCUCACCUUGCACCUGUCUCCCCUGUAUUGCCAUCAGCUGCCGCAUCACUGGCGGCUAUCGCUUCCUCAUCUGGCACGUCGAGUAACGCCUUGCCGUCUCUCUCGCCCGCAUACCGUCAUCUCCUCUCCACUCGCUUACUAGCCAUUCUUUCCCACAACACCUAUGCCAACGUAACGGAUUUUGAAUGGGUUCUCAGUGUGUUGGUGGACGUCGCCUACGUCUCAAGAGUAAACGUUAGUCAGGAUAUCAAGAAGAUGAUUUUGGACGUUGUUGCCAGAGUGAAGAGUGUUCGAAACUAUGCCGUGUCUGUCUUGGAAAAGGUGUUGGGAGAUGACGACUUUAAAGAAAGGCUAGGAGACGAUAACGAAAGUGCCGACGGCCUGAUUGAAGCUGCCGUUUGGGUCUGUGGCGAGUAUCCUUCGGAGCUAUCAUCACCUCUCUCUGCCAUUUCCAACCUUCUUUCACCCUCUACCUCGACCAUUAUUACUUCCCUUUCUAUACAAGCAGUCGCCAAGAUCUUCGGUUAUUACUGCACAAUCGCUGCCUCUUCUUGGUCUGGAGAUAAGUUUGAAGAGACCAAGGCGCUGGUAGCGAGCAUUGACAAAGGUCUGACGGAGGUCGAGCGAAAUGCAAAGGGAGACAUGGAAGUUGUCGAACGAGUUGGCGAGAUCAAGGGUUUAUUAGGAUUCGUCAAAGCUGAUCUCGAGCACCAUCUCCCACCUCAGAAUACGUUACGAAGGGAUAGUGGAUCUUCUAUCCCUGAGCUGGAGGGAGGGUUUGAGGCCGAAGCAAAGCAAACCAAUCAGAAUGACCCACCAUACCCGAAGUCACUGUACAUCUUCCCACCCCUAUCCACGUCCCAUCCUCUAAAUGCAGUUGCGUCCUAUGCGCAAUCAUCAAUCCGUAUACCAGAGGGACUUGAUCUAGAUACCGAUCUUGUCCCAGGCGGUGGGUGGCCGGAGGAUAUUGAAGAAGUUGACGAAAGCGAGGAAGAAAGAGAGAAGGGUCUAUUGAAUCUGGGAGAAGGUGGUGGGGAAGGGAUGGAAGAGUUGAGGAGGGUAUUGAGAGAGGGCAGAAAGAAGAAGAAAGGGAAGAAGGGUGAAGAAGGCGAGGAUAGGGUUGAAAGAGAGAGGCGGAGGGCAGCGAGACGGGCAAAGCAUAAAAAUGAUCCAUAUUAUCUCUAUGAUAGAGAGGACGAGGACGUGGACAACAUUCCGAUUGUUAAGCUCGACGAUUCUGAGCUACCACACGACAUUACAGAUCCCUCAUCUCGGCCAAAAUCCAAAUCAAGACAGAAGAAGAAAGCCCCGCCUGAGUUUGAUCGCACAGGCGAACUUCCCGAGGGCGUUUCUUCUCCCCAAAUUCCAACACCGUCUUCUCGCCUGAGCCCAUCCGCAUCACGGAUGAAUUCCACUACCGGUUUGGCUGCCGUGGAUCUUUCCGCCUCGGGCUCUAUGAGCAAGCCUGUUUCAAGAAGUAGUAGCCGCUUUGAAGAAUAUAAGCUACAUGAGGAGGAAGGUCUUUCAGGUGCCACGUCACAAGUAGACUUCCAGAGGAAUGGUGGUGAGGAUGUGCCUGUUGCCAGCGUGCCAGAAGUACAAGUCGUGAAGGUUAAGCGGAAGAAGAAGGCGGGGGAAAAGAAGAAAAAGAAGGAAGGAAAAAGGGAGAGUCCAGCAGAAUAAACGAAGAUUUGUAUGCAUAGUUUUAUGGACUUAGAGCCUAUUAUUUUUAAACCACAAUCAGGCUUGUAGCGUUCUGCAUGGCGUUGGAUGGCACUGAUUCCACUACUGCAAG